CACUGACUAAGAUACACUGAAGGCAAUAACAAUGAGGUCUCUGCAAAUCAUCUUCUUGUUGUUGGUUGUUCUUUGUCUCAGCAACUUUGUUGCAAGUGCAGAUGAGACCAAAUAUAAAGGUGACAAUUUCACCAUUAAGUUUCCUGCACCUCAGAAAGAAGCGCUGGGUGUAUAUCUGCACAGCAGACAUGAGAUCAGCCGAGAUGUCUUCUACUAUUAUUUUGGAACCAAGAAAUUAUCUGUCCAUAAAGACUUUGAAGGACGUGUUAAAGUCAAAUAUGACAACAAGGCCCUGACAAUAGACAUCAUUAACCUACAAAUGACAGACACUGGGGCUUACUGGUGCACCUGCAACCUUAUGAUUGAGAAAUGUACAAUGGACGAGUCAGGUGUUUUUCUUUUGGUGCACGAGCCACUGAUCAGUCUGGCCCCUUCCAGAAGUGAUAAUACAAAGUCGGGUGGCAUGAAUGACUUACUGAUCCCAGUGACGGCUCUCACAGCUGGCAGUGUGCUCUUACUGUUACUCCUUGUGCUUGGAGUGUGGCUGGUGCCCAAGAUGAAGAAACUGAUCAGAAGCGAAGAGAAAGUAGAAGAGGAGAAAAGGUGUAACAAUGGAGUGUACGAGGUCAUGACUGUUCACCGAAAGACAGAGUAUAUAUGA